UCCUUACGUCUCUCAGAUCCAGAGAGGUCCCGCGUGACAUCAUCACGUGUCGUUUCCAAACACUGCUCAGGAAAAAGCCACGUUGACGAUUCAGACUAAAGUGUAGCCCACAAUUUCUGGCAGAAUAGAGUAGGAGUUCAUUGUUAGACGCCGUAGUUGCUUCUCGCUGGUGACUGCAGAUCGGAGCAGACAUGUCAUCGCCGCCGAAGGAGCGAGUCGAAACCAAAGGAGGUCAUCUUCCUGCAGUAAAGGCAGGAGGUAUGAGGAUAGUGCAGAAGCACCAAACAGCUCCUGCACCAGAACCACCUCAAACGGAUGACCAGGAGGAGUACAUCAGCGAAAGUCCACCAAAGGUCCCUGUGAUUGUGUCUGGAGUGGUUACAAAGGGUGAUAAGGACUUCACCCCAGCAGCUGCCCAGGUGGCCCACCAGAAGCCUCAGCCUUGUGUCCCUAAGCUGCCCCCUGCCCAGCACAUCAACCAGCACAUCCAUCAGCCCCGCAAGUGAGCCAGGCAGCAGGCCCCAACAGCUAUACUAAUUCCACCAGCCAACCUUCCCAAUGGAACACAGGAUGAAGAUGUUUCCCCACCAGGCACAGAUCUCUAAAUAAUCAGAGUAAUUCUUGUUAGCCUGUUGUGUUACAUGUACAAGUAAUUUGUCAGCAACAGACACCUAAUGCCAAUACAGCCAUUAUAGAAGUUUAACUCUUUACACCCUCACUGCAUUGAUGCUGCACCACUGCUUCUAGCCUUUUGGGUCCUGCCCACAAGAAGGAUUGCUUUGACAGUUGUUCAGUCCUAAAUGGGUGGAGGGUCUUCUAAAAUGGCUACUCUUCUAGUAUUAAUUAGCAGUGAAAUCAAUCUUAUAUCUGAGUUUGCGACAGGCUCCCUGACUCCACCGAUGUGCCGACAAAGACCAUGCCACUGGAACUAGUCAGAGAGUUAAAUUAUCAGCAAUAUGUCAGACUUAACCCAUUAUCAAUCCAGACACUGAGGUUAAAAGAAACUUUGAUAAUCAUUCCAUCUGACAUUUCUGCCAUAUCCCUCCAACAGACGUUAAUUGACAAUAGACAUUCUCAGUAUUAUAGAGCCAAUAACAACCAGUAAGAUGCAAAUCAGGCUUCAUUUCUCUGUCAUCAUGGCCGUCAUUACCAAAGUAGCUACAAGAUAGCUAGCCACAGUUAUAGCAGUUAGUAUUGCAGUAAGUUAAUAUUGCUGUUAUAUAGCCUACAUUAUAUAAUAUUGGCAUAUAGCUAAACCUAUUUGGCUUUUGCUGUAGUUUCCCCCUAAGUCAUUGUUAUUACCUUUAUUUGACAAAGAGGGCCCUUUCUUCUAUCUGCUCUCCUGACAGUGUUAACUAACAUUCUCCCAGCAGUGCCCCGUUACUUCAGUAUUUUUGUCUUGUUUAAAUCACAUGGAUUUACACUUUAUCUGCUAGACACCCGAAUCAGUGGGAAUAAAAAUGCAGCCAAAAUUGAAAUGAAGAAAAUCGAAAGAACGUAAAAAGCCAUUUACUGUGAAGCAGCUACAGCACGCUUUGUGUUUGCAUCAACAUUAGCCUGAACAUCACAAGGGAAUAAUGUCCUUCAUUACAUUAUUAUACGUUGAACUGAGCACUGCAGUGCAGCAGUUCAGAAAAUAGUGAGGCUUGUAAUUGUAAAAUGAAGGUAAAAUAUUAACAUAUGGGGGUAAAGAGAAAGUGCAAAAAGUGGUUUGUUUGUUUUUUUUUUUUACAUUCCAUAGAAAUGUGUUGAACCAAUUUGUCAACUGUGUGACAGUUUACCACUAUAUGAAGAAAAUCAAAUAGAUGUAAUUCUACCUACCAGGGCCAAGGUUUUACAUUAAUGUUUCAUCUUAAAUCAGACAUUUAUCAGCACCCACCCAAAAUCUAAAUAAGCAUUUCCCUA